GGCGGGGCUAACGGGCUGCAGCCAAGAAACGGACGUGGAGGCGCGGUCAGGAUUCUGCCGGACUGGGGCUGCUGCUUCGUGUAGUCUUCGGCAGUCCGUUCGGGUCCCAGAGACCCAUCAUCCAAGGAUGGGAUGGGUCCUUGGAUGAUGGUACGCUGAGCGGCAUCCCAUGGCAUCUCAUGAUGAAGAUCGGCGGCCCUCACUGCCCAGCCCCUGGGACGCCAUCCUAGAGGCCGUCAAGGAUCAGCUCCCGUCUCUGGACUCGGAUUCCUCCUCGUCAGACCAUGAAGAUGAGGAGCUGUUCAUCUUCCAGCGAAAUCAAACCGCCCUGAUUCCAGACUUGUCAGAGGAACUGGCCGACGACCCUGCUGGGGCCUGGAUCACUUCCUCUGGGUCUCCUCCUGAGCCAGCUGUGGUGCCUGUAGAAUCCGCCGUGGAGCCCUGGGGCGAGUGGAACGCAUGGCCCCGGCCCCAGGAGUCGGCCCCUCUGGAAGGAAGGGCCCCCGGCAAGAGUAGCUCUCUUCUCAGGAUGUCUGCAGAGAUCCCCCCACAGCAGCUUGAUGAUGCGGGCGGGACCCUCAACCCCAGCGGGUCGCAGAGUCCUCGCCAGGGGCCUCAGGGAGAGGCCACCUGCUCCCCUCUGGAAGCAGGCCUGCAGACAGAGCCCCCAGGCGCGGCCUCACGGGCCCAGGAAGGCUCAGACGCUGCCAACCGCAGAGCCCUGCGGAGAGAGAGGAGGAAGAUGAUCGAGAAAGACAUCCUCCACAAAGUCACUUGGGACGGCCGGGACCCAGCCUGCUCUGACACGAGCGGAGGGAAGGAAAAGGCCUGCGACGCUGUGGAGGUGCCUUCAGAGGAGCCCCCGGGGCAUCUGCCCGUGCUUUCCCUCCAGGAACUUGAAGAGUGGGAUUUGGAUCAAGUCCUUCUGAGUCUGACUGGGCGAGAAGAGGACCGGGGCGAUGGUGCUCCUAGAGCUGCGUGGUGGGCUGCUGACCGCCUCCAGGGCCAAGACCACACCGCGCCCAGCACCCAGGAACGGCUCAUGGAACGCCUCAGCCUCCUGUGCUCCAGGCAGUCCAGAGCCGCUGCCUCUGCUAGGAGAGUGCCUGCUGACAUGCCCUGGGAAGCCUGGCCCCAGGAAGCCGGAAGCAGAUGUGCUUCCAGGGAGCUGGGCUUCCAGGCACUGGCCCAGGACGCGCGGCUGAGGAACCCGGUGGAGCCUCCCACCAUAUUCAUUGACCUGCGGCCGACAAAGACAUCGGACCAGAGACCCUCGGAGAGCUCCAGCUCCUCUGACAGUGAGGAGGCGGAAGAAGAGACAGCAGCUCAAAGAGACACGCAGGGCCCAGCCAGGCUACGCACAGGGACCCCCCAACUGGGGCUCUGCUGCAGCCCUCUGCUGGAGUUCAAUCAGAACAUCUUCACGCGCUGA